AGUAUUUGAUGUUCAAGCUUCCUGAAAUGCUUCUGCUAUUCGAGUUCUGAAGAUGGAUAAACAUAAAACUAUCAGGCCACAAGAAGAGGCACAACACAGCAAAACAAUGGAUGGAGAGCUAGACAUGUUGGGAAAAGCGCACGAGUUCUUUCAGAUCUGUGAUAUAGAACACAAGGGAUUCAUUUAUCGUAAUGAAAUGCAGAGGCUUCGUGGUGAGUUGCCGCUCAGUCCAGAAGAGCUGGAGAAAGUAUUUGAUAGCCUAGAUGCAGAUGGCAAUGGUUCACUUACUCCAGAGGAAUUCACCACAGGACUCAACCAAUUUUUGCUUGGAAAGAAAGGAUCAAUUUCUGAAAUACAAAGAUGCGAACUCGAAAAUCAGUAUCAACCUCAAUGGGAAGAAGGCAACAAAGAUAUUGAUGAGGAAGAUCAGUUCUCAGAUCUUAUGGAGAGGGUUGGAGCUAGUAAUACCUUUAAAGAAGAGAACAAUGUAGAAAAACUCUGGUUGCACCUGAAGAGAAAUGAACCUCACUUGCUUUCCAGUUUUGAAGUAUUCCUGGCAAAAGUAUUUUCUCAGCUCCAAGAAGUGAACUAUGAAAAGAAUGCACUGGAGUGUGCCCUGCAAAAGAAAAUUGCAGCUUAUGAUGAAGAAAUCCAGCACCUCUAUGAGGAAAUGGAGCAGCAGAUCAAAAAUGAGAAAGAAGCAUUCCUCUUGAAAGACACUGCAAGGUUCCAGACCCGAAGUCAGGAGCUUGAGCAUAAACUUGAAACAAAAGAACAGGAACUGGAACAACUGGCGCAAAAACAGAAAAGACUGGAGGGAGAGUAUAAAGAACUGCACAACGACAAACAAGAAACAAAGGUAGAAAACACAAAACUCAGGCUCACAAAUCAAGAACUGCAGAACGAACUGGAAAGAACAUCGCAGGCACUAGUAAUUGCCCAACAACAGUUGCAGGUACUGCAAGAGGAAGCCAAGGAACUGCAGGAAGAAAAAGAAAUGGAGGUUUACAGAGUUACAGAGACACUGCAAAGAGAGAAAUCAGGCCUUCUGAAACAGCUGGAUUUUCUAAGAGAAAAGAAUAAAUAUCUGAAAGAUGAACGGGAUAUGUGUUUAUAUCAGAAACAGAAGGGUGUCCCCCCUGCCAGCUGGAAGAAAAGAUCAGGCUCAAUCAUAGGCAACUAUAUUGACAGAAAAGGUUUGUUGAGGAGCCAAUCUUCUGAAGAUGAAGAUUCAUGUAAUACCUCCAAAAGAAGAAACUCUCUUGGCUUGAAUGGGUGUCCUUCAUUAGAGUCUGACCCUCCUGUUGGUGGGGGACCGGCUCAUGGGAAGCGACUUCAAAGAAUAAUAUCAAUUGAAGAGGAUCAUCUGCCCCAGCUUCUCGAUAGACCAGAGAGGCAGCUUCCAAAAUGGUCUGAAGAAGACGAAGACAUCCUGCAAGAAAAGGAACUGAACGGGACCCAAAUAGAAUCACCAACCGAAAAGACACCGUCCACUCCCAGAGAGCAACCAGUAGGGACAGAAACACUAUCAAACGAUGAACAGUCAUUUUCUGCCCCAGACUGUUUAUUCAAGAUUAUUUUUGUGGGAGAAUCAAGUGUAGGAAAGACUUCUUUUCUAAGACGGGUGUGUGAAGACCGUUUUUCCUCUGGUACUGCUGCUACUGUUGGUGUGGAUUACAGUGUGAAAACGAUAGCAGUGGAUAAUAGACGUAUAGUGCUGCAACUCUGGGACACGGCGGGACAGGAAAGGUACCGCAGCAUCACCAAGCAGUUUUUCCGAAAAGCCGAUGGAGUCAUUGUGAUGUAUGACAUAACCGCAAGAGAAACAUUUAUGGCUGUGAAGCAGUGGCUAGUGAGCAUUGAGGAAGCAACAGGGGAGAACAUUCCUAUCCUUCUGCUUGGUAAUAAAACUGAUAAGGAAAAAGAACGUGAAGUCCCUUAUGGAUUAGGAAAACACCUAGCCCAGGAUUACAAUUUAAUCUUUUAUGAAUGCAGUGCCUUAUCAGGAGACAGCACAAACAAGUCUAUUCUUCACUUGGCUAGGAUACUGAAAGAACAAGAAGACAAAGUGAAGGAAAAAACUGUUCAGCUACAUCAAGACUUCAAGAAAAAAUCUUGUUGUUUGAAGCAAUAAAAGGCAUUCUCCCUUUAACUAGUAAAAUUGAUCAUCUUUCUUUUUUACUUCAUCAUCACAUCCAUUUCAUACUACAGCAUGAGAAAAUGACAUGCUGGGUAUAAUGAUAGCUCUGUUCCUGAAUGGCUGAAAAGCUGAGUGUAGAUAGGGAAGAUUACCGGUUAAUUAAAUUGUUGUAUUUAAAUUACUUUAUCAAAUACCUGCCCUCCACCCGACAAAACACAAACAAACAGAGAUAUAAUGAAUAUUAAUUUAUAUUUUUUUCUUUUCUCAAGUUUUGCAAUUCUGAAGUGUCGCUCCACUUCAAUUGCAGAGAAGCCCAGCUAACUAUAUCUCCUCCUGCAAAUAAAAUCCACUUUGAUAACAUUAUAUAAAUUGUAUAAGAUGAAAUCAAAUGGAAUCAAAUUGCUACUCUGGCCAGAGCAAAGACAGAGGGGAGCAGAAGACAUUUCCAU